UAAAGUAAACAAAUGGGGUCCUUCACCGGGUCUUGAUUGACGUGAAGUGUCAAUUUGUGUCAAAAAUGCUUUCAUACAAAUAAAGUAAGACCAAUUUUUUUUUGCAGAACGACUCUCCGAUCUUGUUUCGUAGCAUCAUACUUGCUGAUCAUGUAUAUUCCGUCGUUAUCUCUCAUCCUAUCGCUGUGCUUCACUGCAUACAUCGGUCAUUCCAUGUGGACAAUGGCCAAAUUAUUCAUCGCUCCUGAAUGUCAGAAUAGGAUGAACUGUAUUCAUUCCUUUCUCAACUCUCACUCUAAAUUGCAAAUGGUCAUAUUUUCAUCAGUCAGUGGAUAUCGAGAAGAUGAUCUGAAAUUUGUACAUUAUUUCAAAGAUUUUAAUUUUCAAAAGCCUUUUGAACAUGAUUUGGAUGUGGAAAUCCCAUAUAAAACUCGUCGGAAUGGCACGUUGUUCUUCCACGUGCACAUCUUCCCGAAUGCAUUAAUUGGGGAUGAGGUGAGGUGGGAAAGUGUACAGCGGAGUCCGAACCGAACAAGUACCCUCAUUGAAAUGACCCAGUAUCAGAUCCCAGAAACAUCCAAGUACAAACUCCUCCAGGAAAAUUCGAAUGUGGCCCCGGAGAGGCCAGUGACUCAUUUGAAGACUGAAGUCGGAAUCAACAUGUUGACAAAUGUUCAGUAUUUGCCGCUGAAUGGCAUUCCUGGGGAAAUUGCUGCUUUAUUAAGGUUCUCGAGAAAUCGUGAGUUCUUGCCAAUCGUGCGGCAUGAUUUUUUGAAUGACCGCCUACAAUCCCUUCAAGAAAUAAAAAAAGGUGUAUCCAGUAUGCAAGUGAAACUGAAGUAUUCUCCGAUCUCGUUUGGAAUGCUCAGACUAAUGCUGCAUGUUGAAGCUUCUAUGAGCUCUGUUCAGACUCUGGGAUUCUCUGUCAAAGAGAUUGACCAAGUCAAGGGUAUCUUUGCAGACACAAAUAUUUAUUUACUCCUCGGAACGAUUUUUGUAUCAGGCUUUCAUCUGCUCUUUGAUUUCCUGGCCUUCAAAAAUGACGUUAGCUUUUGGCACUCAAGGAAAAGUCUCGCUGGCAUCUCAGCACAUACGGUGUUGUGGCACGCCUUCAGUCAUAUCAUCAUCCUGCUGUAUCUAAUUGAGGAAAAGUCAUCUCUUCUUAUUUUAAUUCCUUCGUUCAUUGGAGCAUUGAUUGAGGUUUGGAAAGUGCACAAAGUCAUCCCGAUUGAUUGGAAACAUCUCAAGUUCAAAAAAGCAUUCGUGAGCAGUGAAGAGCAACGUACCAAAGAGUUCGACCGAGAAAGCAUGAAAUAUCUUUGUUAUCUGUACCCGUUGAUCAUAGGUGCUGCUGUCUAUUCUUUGGUGAAUGAAGUACAUCGCAGUUGGUAUUCAUGGAUCAUAAGGAGCACGGUAAAUGGAGUCUACGCUUUUGGCUUCAUUUUCAUGUUGCCCCAACUUUUCGUCAACUAUCGACUGAAGUCGGUUGCGCAUCUUCCUUGGAGAACAUUCAUGUAUAAAGCAUUCAGUACGUUUAUAGACGAUGUCUUUGCCUUUAUUAUCACUAUGCCCACCGCUCACCGCCUCGCAUGUUUCCGUGAUGAUGUAGUCUUUCUUAUUUAUUUGUAUCAACGAUGGCUGUACCCUGUUGACAAAUCGAGAAUUGACGAGGACACGUCAAUUGUUUCUGAAGUUCCUACUAUUGAUGCGAAAAAAAGCGACUAAUUCCGUCUUGCCUCAAAGCAUGUAAUUUAUUUGAUUCAGGAUGUCGCUUGUACUGCGUGGAGUUGCGGCAGCUCCAGGGAAACAGCUCUCUUGGUAGGUUAAUACUGAUUUGCCAUUUUUCAGGAGAUUUCUACAGCUUUCCCACUAGAAGUAAUAAAGGAGGCUAUUUUUACCUGAAAUGGCAACAUUGGUCUAAUAUGAAGAUAGUAAUUUUAACUAAUUUUAAGAGAAUAAGAACUUUUGAUCUCAUUGGGUUCUUAUUGGUUACUCUUGCAAAGAGUAUCAUCCUCAUUAUUUCUUGGAUCUGUGAAAAGAGACAUAUGUUUCAAAAUUCAAAAAAUAAGUCUGCCCUCUAGAAGGAUAUAUAUUUAUGUUGCCAAAAAUUUUAAGCUUAAAAGCUCACAGGAACAUACGAACAUGAUA